AGCAAAACAUAUCAGUUUGUCAUCCACAAGCAACAACAACCCCCAAAAAUCAAUCAAGAUGUUCAAGUUUUUCGCUCUCUGUCUGUUCGCCGUCGUCGCUCUGGCUGCCGCCAAGCCUCAGUUCUUGGCCUACAGCUCUUCUUGGCCUACAGCUGUGGCAGCCACGCCCUACGCUGCCGCCUAUACUAGCGGUGUCUAUGCUUCUCCCUACACCGCUGCUUACACCAGCGGAGUCUACGCCUCACCCUACGCUUACAGCGCUUAUCCCUACAGCUCACUGUACCUGAGACGUUGAGGAUCGCUUGUCGAAUGUCUUUGAAGUCGCUCAAUUGCGAGUGACUACUGUAACACUUGUUGACGACCUAAUGAACCUCUUAAUAAAACGAAAAAGAAAAACAAAAACAAAAAAUCAUAAGCUUUUAACUAUUUGCUGUCAUCUGCUUUGAGCUUUUAAUUGAAGCUGGCUUUUGCAUCGUGUUGACUUUUCGUCCCCUCUCAAAUGAAAUGCAACUGCAAAUGGAAAUCGGAAAAACCGCAAUGCAAGCUUUAAACUCGUUAGUUCCCAGGAAGGAACACCAUUAUGACUGUGUGAGAGUGAAUGCAACUGACAGUUUCGAGACUAUAAAAUACUUUAUGGUCAAAGCAGCAAUAACAAACGGGAUACUAAAACAUUAUCACAGCUGUCUGACUGUCUGACCGCUUAUUAACAUUUCAACAACACUCUCAGUUUUGAAAAUUUCUUAAUGAGAUUUGGCACUAAUGCAUUUGUUUAUAACAGCAAAAAUAUACAAUUAAAUUACACGAAUUCCAUUAAUAUAUCUUAAAAUUGUUAUAGGAGUAAUCAAGCGAACACAAAAAUUUCAUGUUAAAACUAAUUAGUAAUCAUUUUCCUAAGAUCGCAUAAUGCAUAUAAAAUUUAUUGACUAACGAGCGUUAUACUAUAUUUAUAUUUCAAGAAGCUUUUUUGGCUAAAUUUUGUACCACUUUAUGGUAGGUUUGAUUGGUAUAAUCUGCAGCCUCCUAGCUCUUACCGAUUGACUUGUGCCUUAACAUCCAGCAAGUCAGUCAGUAAGGAAAACCAGUUUUAUAUACGGAGAUUAACUAGUAUAAGAAUACUUUCUUAAAAGUAAAGAACUUCUAAAAGAAACACACCUUUUAAUAGCUACUACAAUCAUCUUGUUUAAAAACUGCAGUCUCCUAGCUCUUACUCUUUGAUCAAUACGUUGGGAAUUAAGUUGGUAGGCAGUCGAUAGAAACAGUUUUGUUAAAUAGACAUAUAGAUUAUGUAGUCGAUAGUAGAUAGAAAAUAAAGAACUUUUGUUACUUUACAACAAAACUUUUACUUUUUAAAAAAUUUGCCGUAUAUUUUUGCGAUAUCGAAUAAUGUAAAGUAACUUGAUUAAAAACAGCAGCCUCCUAAUUCUUACACUUUGAUCAAUUCGAUGUUAGUUGGAGAGCUGUAAUUGGAAAGCUGUCAGAGUAAACAUUUAUAAGGAAAUUAGCUUGAAAAUAAAGGUUAUAUUGAUAUCUUUAUUACAAAUUUUAAAGAUAUUUUUGCGAUACUGUGUUUAAAACAAAUGGUAAACAAACUUUCAACGUUGAUAAUUUCUUUACUAAAACCUCACACGAUAUUUUUGCCU